AUGUCUUCAGGAUAUAACGGGCCGCCGCUGCUCGACCUCACGAUCGACAACAUCACCCCAAAUACUAACCUGAUCAAUGCUCAGUGCAAAGAUGCGCGGCUCAAGUACCUCAUGUCACGCCUUGUGACGCAUCUCCAUGACUUUGCGCGGGAAACUCGACUGAGCACCGAGGAAUGGAUGGCAGCAUUGAACUUUCUUGUGGCAUGUGGCCAAAUCAGCAGCGACGUCCGCCAUGAAUUCAUCCUCCUCUCCGACAUUCUCGGCCUCUCGCUGCUCGUCGACAGCAUCAACCACCCCAAGCCGCCGGCGUCGACCGAGGGCUCGGUGCUGGGGCCCUUUCACACGCACGACGCGCCGACCAUGCCCAACGGCGGCGCCAUGUCGACGGACCCCGAGGGCGAGCCCAUGCUGUGCGUCUGCACCGUCAAGGACACCGAGGGCCGGCCGAUCCGCGGCGUCAAGAUUGACAUUUGGGAGACGGACAGCAGCGGCCACUAUGACGUGCAGCACGAGGGCCGCGACGAAACGGGGCCCAGCGAGCGCUGCGUCAUGGAGAGCGAUGAGCAGGGCGUCUUUUGGUUCAAGGCCAUCAAGCCCGUCAGCUAUCCCAUUCCGCACGACGGACCCGUCGGAAAGCUGCUCGAUAAACUAGGACGGCAUUGCUGGAGGCCGGCGCAUCUGCACUUUAUGUUUGAUAAGCCAGGUCUUGACAAGUUGAUCACUGCCCUAUACCUGCGAGGAGACCCCUACGAGACAUCAGACGCCGUGUUUGGCGUCAAGCAAAGCCUCAUCGUAGACCUGGACAAGGUCGACAAGGAGACGGCCUCCAAGUAUGAUGCCGAGGAGGGCCAUUGGCUGCUGAGGCAUGAAUUUGUCUUGGUGACGGAGAAGGAGACGCAGGACCUGCGGGACAGGAACGCCGUCGAGGCGCUCGAGAAGCUGGGUCUGAGGAUGAAGCUGGUUGAUCACCUCCCUGUCCCGGAAUUGGACUAA